UCCGCUCGUCGCUCCUUCCCGAGGAUGUAUCGGCGUGCCGGGCACCUGCUUCCAGCUACAAUAACCCAUUUUCACUUACUCGCUUACUGAGACCCAAACGAACCGUCCUCUAGUACCAGAGAGGCCUUUGAUACAAAGAGACUGGAAGCAACCCGACAGAAGAUGUGUUGAUUUUUGUAUUUAUUUAUUUAUUUAUUUUUAAAUCGAGAUACAGCAGUGAGACAGCAUCUUUGCCCGUGACACAUCAUUAGCCCUACAAGUGGAUAAGGCCUCCAGGACACCAUGUCAGACAAAAGUGACCUGAAGGCAGAGCUGGAGCGCAAAAAGCAGCGCCUCGCCCAGAUCAGGGAGGAGAAGAAAAGAAAGGAGGAGGAGAGGAAGAAGAAAGAGAAGUCAGACAGCCAGCAGAAAACAGAGGUGACGCCAGAAGAUUCAGACCUGGACCGCAAGCGCAGGGAGACCGAGGCCCUGCUACAGAGUAUUGGCAUCUCCCCCGAACCUCCGCUAGUUCCUACACCUGUGUCGCCCUCUAAAUCAGUGAGCACUCCCAGUGAGACGGGAAGCCAAGAUUCAGCUGAGGGAGGGGCAGCAGGCAGAUUUAGGUCAGGUUUCUCUAAAAACAAGCCCCAAGCACAGAGCUCAAGGACACUGCAAUGGGACACAGACCCCUCUGUGCUGCAGCUGCAAGCUGAUUCUGAGCUUGGGCGAAAGAUGCAGAGACUCGGAGCCUCUAAAAUCACCCAGGUUGACUUUCUUCCCAAAGAGGUGGUUUCUUACAGCAAGGAGACACAAACACCUGUCAACACCCACCUCUCUGAAGUUGAGGAGGAAGAGGAAGAUGAAGAGAUGAUGGAGGCCAAGCCAGGCCCAGAAGCCGAGCUGCAGGAUGAAGAUGACAACAAGGAGAGCAAAGAUGGUUCUUUUCCUGUUCUGCGGGAACUGACAGAAGAGGAAAGGCAACAGAUCCUGCACUCAUCAGAGUUUCAAAGUUUUUUCGACUGUAGCAUCCGGGUGAUGGAAAGAGCGCUCGCUGAGGACAGCGACAUCUUAUUCGACUACAGCGGCCGUGACCUUGAGGACAAAGAGGGAGACUUGGGAAGCGGCUCUAGUUUGUCCUUCAGCAGACUUUUCUAUGAUGAACACUGGUCCAAACAUCGUGUUAUUACCUGUCUUGACUGGUCCCCUCAGUAUCCUGAAUUACUGGUUGCAUCCUACAAUAACAAUGAAGAUGCUCCGCACGAACCAGAUGGUGUUGCCCUGGUGUGGAACAUCAAAUUUAAGAAGGCUACGCCAGAGUACAUCUUUCACUGUCAGUCUCCAGUCGUAUCUGUUGGUUUUGCUAAGUUUCAUCCGAACUUGGUGGUAGGAGGAACUUACUCGGGACAGAUUGUUCUGUGGGACAACCGGAGUCACCGUCGGACCCCAGUGCAGAGGACCCCCCUCUCUGCUGCAGCACACACUCACCCGGUAUAUUGCGUGAACGUGGUCGGCACCCAGAAUGCCAACAACCUGAUCACUGUAUCAACAGACGGGAGGAUGUGUUCGUGGAGUCUCGACAUGCUCUCUCAGCCUCAGGAGACCAUGGAACUCGUGUACAACAAAUCCAAACCUGUGGCGGUGACAGGUAUGGCUUUCCCCACAGGGGAUGUCAACAACUAUGUGGUGGGGAGCGAGGAAGGCACUGUGUAUACUGCAUCCAGACAUGGCAGUAAAGCGGGCAUCUGUGAAAUGUUUGAGGGCCACCAGGGGCCGGUUACGGGAAUCAGCUGUCACAGUGCAGUGGGCACUGUCGACUUCUCCCACCUCUUUAUAACAUCUUCCUUCGACUGGACCGUCAAACUCUGGAGCACCAAGCACAACAAACCGCUGUACUCUUUUGAGGACAAUGCCGACUAUGUGUAUGACGUCAUGUGGUCGCCCGUGCAUCCUGCCAUGUUCGCCGCCGUGGACGGCAUGGGCCGCCUGGACCUGUGGAACCUCAACAACGACACGGAGGUGCCGACUGCCAGUGUGACCAUUGAGGGAGCGUCGGCUCUGAACAGGGUUCGCUGGUCAUCGGGAGGGAAAGAGGUGGCCGUGGGCGACUCAGAGGGAAGAGUUUGGAUCUACGAUACAGGAGAGCUUUCCGUGGCCCACCCUGAGGACUGGGCGCGCUUUGCUCGCACGCUCAUGGAGAUCCGCGCUAACCGGGCGGACGGCGAAGACGAGGGUCCUAUGGAGCUGGCUUCAUAGGAAGGGACUCCUAAACCAAAGCGACUGGAGAGCAGGGAGCCGGUGUGAUUCGGUUGGUGCCACUGUAGCAUGUGAUGCUCACUCAGCUUUUCCUUUCUCUGCUUUCAAGCAACACCUUCAUGUCUGCUCAGAACGAGGCGGAGCUUUUAUUGUAAUUUUGCUCUGUGUACGUGUCUUUUAAUUGUUUCUCUGUCUUUAUUUAUUUGCUUAUUGACUUCAGGUGGUGUGUUGCUUGCAUCUCGUGAGCCUACGGUAGAUAUAUAGAGUGGCAGCAUUAUAGCCUUAUGAAGAUAUGUGUACUGCAACGAAGCUUUGUCAGGGUUAACCUUUAAGGCAGGGUCAUAGAAGUUUGCCAUGUAUUAUUGUUUACAUAUAUAAUGACGACUUUAUGUUCAGCUUUUUUUUCAGCUGUUGUUUUAAAUCUGCAUGAGACACAAACUUAAAUAUUCCAGAUGCAGGAACCUCAUUGUAGCCGCUUUAUUUCAGUCUGGAUAAGGAACAGGUGUUUUUUUUUUUUCCCUCUGCAGAACGAACUGUGAUGAACUGUGACAAGAGGUAUAUUGUAACUCAGAGUGAUUGCUGUCAAAUGUGCUAUGUUUGCUAUUAAAGCAUAGAUAAUAAA